CUUUGAACCCAUUGUUGUGUCGCGGGUGACGUCAGUGCCGUGUGCGGGAGACGGAGCGGCGUGCGCCUGGCGAGACAAAGGCGGCGGACCGACCGGGGUCAGGCAGCAGCAGCGGCAGCAGCAGCAGCAGCGGCGGCAGCAGCAACAACACAGAGCCAGAAUCACUGUUGUUUUUUUACUCUAAUAUAAACUGCUAACCCUGUUUUUUCAGCUGCGUUCUCCCUGACGGUGUUACAACGAGGGGGCAGAGACUCCCCCAGAACUGAACACGGACUCCCCGCACAGACGGAAAACAACAGUGGCACCUCUUCGCGUUGUUGAACGUUUUUUCUCCUACGCCCCCUAUUUAGCUUGCUAGUUAGCUAUCCCCACUAGCUUCGAGCAGGGCUGCUGGUCUCCACCUCCCUCUCCUUCUCUCCUGGCUGCUUCUCAUCUUCCCCUCCGGAGCUGUGGACACAGCGUAGGACAGGAACUCAUCCAACCGAGGCAAGACAAAAAGAAGAGGGUGAGCUCACUCCCACAAGACAGGCACCCGUGAUCUGAUGUGAGAUCCACGGAGAGACUAUGCCUAGCCCUUUAUUCCACCCCGAGAUCAUGGACCACGACGCGGUGAUCAGUAGCCAGCACAAUGGGGUCGGUCUUCCCCGAGAAACGGACCAGGAGUCCCGGGAAGAGGACCAUCAAGAGGCGCUCCGCUUCGCCCUGGACCAGCUGUCACUCAUGGCGCUGGAGAAAGUGGACUGUGGGGGCGGCGGCAGCGGGCUGAGCGACUCUCUGGACGGGACCCAGGGUCCCGGCUCUGAGGGCUGCAACGGCGUGGGUGGAGGAGGCUACGUGGACCUGCAGAUGCUGGAACAUCCCGGUGGCUCACGGGACUCGCCGUCGUCCUGCUCUCCAUCCCCGGAGUACUACGGCUCGGGCGGGUACCACAUGGCCGCCUCGCACUCCAUGCUCCACGGGGACCAAAGCUCCGUCCUGUGCAGCAGGAAAAGAAGUGUCAACAUGACUGAAUGUGUGCCUGUGCCCAGCUCCGAGCAUGUGGCAGAAAUAGUGGGAAGACAAGGUUGCAAGAUCAAGGCCUUGCGUGCCAAAACAAACACCUACAUAAAAACUCCAGUGAGGGGCGAGGAGCCCGUUUUUAUCGUGACGGGACGCAAGGAGGAUGUGGAGAUGGCCAAACGUGAAAUUGUCUCUGCAGCUGAGCAUUUCUCUAUGAUCCGGGCUUCGCGCUGCAAAGCUGGAGGAACUGCUGCUGCUGGUGGUGGUGGUGGUGGUGGUGGUAGUGGAGGAGGAGGAGGAGGAGGAGGAGGAGGAGGAAGUGGAGGAGGAGGUGGAGGAGGAUCUCUCCCUGGACCACCACACCUACCAGGACAGACCACAAUACAGGUGAGGGUGCCCUACAGAGUUGUGGGUUUAGUUGUAGGACCAAAGGGGGCAACUAUCAAGCGCAUCCAGCAGCAGACUCACACCUACAUUGUGACACCCAGUCGAGAGAAAGACCCAGUGUUCGAGGUGACCGGGAUGCCUGAAAAUGUGGACCGAGCGAGAGAGGAGAUCGAGACUCACAUCACCCUGAGAACUGGAACCUUUGUAGACCUGCAGGGAGACAAUGACUUUCACACCAACGGCACUGAUGUCAGUCUGGAAGGCCUGGGCUCUCUGAGUGGAGCACUUGGGGCUUCUCUGUGGUCAAGGGCUGCCAACCACCAUUCUGCCCCCCCUCCUCCACCACAUUCCCCACCUCCUUCUCUACCCAUGUCCAUGCACCACUCCUCCAGCCGGAAGAUGUCCUCCUCAGUCGCCUAUCACGCGCACAAUGGCGGGAUGAGCUCAGACAACUUCACCACCACCACCACCAACCGAAAAGCCACCGAGGGAGGCAGUCCCACCAGCCCCUUUAGCACAGGCUCCAGCAGCGCUGGGGGAGGAUUCACUUUCGGGGGCGACUCCACCCCAGGACUGCCCUCCUCAGAUGAACUGGGCUUUGAGUUCACUGCUUCCAACAUCUGGGCACCUUUUGUUAACGGUGGAAACGGCAAUAAAACGUCCGGGUCUUCCCAGCAACAGCCUCUACGUCGUAACAGCAGCGGCCUCAGUGGCGGCGCCAUCACUCCACGGUUGUCUCCAACUCUGCCUCAGGACACAUGUGUAGGCCCCCUGGAUCACCCACUAGCCCGUCGUGCACAAAGUGACCCCCUCAGCACUCUCUCUUGGCUACAGUCUGGCAACGCAGGAGGCGGCUCCUUCUCGGGAGCGUCCAGCUCCAGUUCUGGUGGCUCGUCAACCGGUUACUCCUCCUGCUCGGCGUCCUCCCUGCCCGGCGGCUCCCCCACUGACUCAGAGGGUGGCAGCAGUGGCGUGGGUCUCAGCUCUGGGAUCCUGAGCCGUCUGAAAGGCGGCUCCAGCUCGGCAGUGGCAGGUCUGGUCAGCAUUGGCCCUGGGGUCAACAGGGACUGCUUUGUGUGUUUUGAGAGCGAGGUAACAGCAGCCCUUGUGCCUUGUGGCCACAACCUGUUCUGCAUGGAGUGUGCCGGACAGAUCUGCCAGUCAGCUGAGCCAGAGUGCCCCGUCUGCCACACCCCCACCACACAGUGCAUCCGCAUCUUCUCCUAAUGUCCCAGUCAGAGGGUGGGGUUGAGGGUUGUCAUAUUGUCAUGAGUAUGGGGGGGUUGAGAAGUGGAGAUGGGCACCAGCUGUGAUGGAGGCGAUGGAAGAUUCACAUUUAAUAACUUUCACACCCACGAUGGACCAUAAUAAAUACAUUUACAGAGAUGAUGAUACUACAGAUGUUGAUUUGUAAUAAUAACUGUCAAGAUUAAUAAUAAUAAUAAUAAUGAUGAUGAUAAUAAUAAUAAUAAUAAUAAUAAUAAUAACAACGACUGACUGAUUUUCAGAGUAAACUGAGACGUGUCUGCAGACAGUUGGGGCUCAGACAGUCUCUCGGUGGUGAACUCACGGAAGGAAACUAGUGUCUUAUCUCUCUUCAGGCCUUCAUUUUGACCCGGAGUGGCAUGCACCGCUGGGUGCCGGUCUGUCUCCACAUUUCUUCAUUCUGGCUUCUUCAGAUAUCUGCCUGCUUUCUCUCUCACAGCCUUUCCUUUGGACGCUUUUGUACUUAACAGAUAUUUUUUGAUGAAGCCGUCACUGAGGCCUGCACUUUUCUACUACUUAUUUUAAUGUUCCUGACAGAGGACGCUAACGGUUCCAACAAACCCCAACCCCCCCUCCUCUUUUCCCCCCCUUUCUCCUGCUCUCAUUAAUGCUGUUGUUGGUGGCAUGAAGCAACGGGGGUUUGCUGUUUUUCUGUAAGCUUGGAACUUUUAAAAAAGGUCAGCAUUUAGUCGGGCACCCAGCAGAACAACACACACGAGGGACAAUCUUGAGGAUGAGUUCUUGUUUCUCGUUAGCCACAGAAGAAAAAAUUAGCCAUCAGUAAUGCCAAAUGAAUGCUAUUAAUAGAUGCUGAGUUAUUCUUGAUAAAACCCAAUAAUGUGUUGGAUGAAUUUAAAUGAGUCUGCCCCACAUUUGAAAAUGUGGCUGCUGCAUUGAUUCGUAUGAAUUGUCCUUUUUAAUAAGUCAGACACUAAACCAUUAGUGAUGCUGAAAGGAAUGUGUAUGAGGUCUGUGUGUCUGGGCUGCCUGACAAUCGCAUCACAUCUCCUGAGCUCACGCACGUGAGACUAGUGCCCACUGUCGCUGUUCUUCAAGUAGGCAUCAUCAUCCCCAUGUGUGUGUGUGUGUGUGUGUGUGUGUGUGUGUGUGUCCUGACUGUGAGAAAGGUCUGCUUCCUGUCUCCGUGUCUCCUCCUCUUAGUCUCAGUCUUACAGGAAGAUGAUGCUCUGAUCCAUCCACACUAAGACAUUUCCUGUCACCUCCAACCAGUUACACUUUGACUCCUUUCACGUUUUUUUUUUGACUCUGGAUUGUCAAGCGUGUGGCGUGUAGCUGUAUUUUGAUCUUUAGGAGACUAAGACGGUGUUUUUUUUUUUUUUAAAUGACCCUGAUGUCACGCGUGAAUGUUUUGUCCAGAUUAAGGAGAAACGUUCACUCCAUUCGUAUGAAACAAUAACAAAAGGCUCAAUUUAAAGCAUUUUUUCCCCAUGCACUGUUACACAGUCUCCCCCCCCCCCCAAGAAAAAAGAGAAAAAACACAAAAAAUUGCCAAAAAGGAAUCGGCUCUUACUGUUCUUGUUCAGUUUUGGUCUUCCACCCCACUCUGACAGCAAAGCUGUAUGGCACUCUCUCAGAUGACUCACUGUCAUUCCCAUAUAGCGCUGUACUCUUUGGCCAAAUGUAGUGCACUAUAUGGUUAGUAGUUUUGCGAUUUGUCCUGUGUUUCAUAGCAUUACCGAGUGGCUCCUGAAGAGGCGUCCUGUUUUAUGUCUCUGUGUUUUUUAAAGAAGUUUGCAGUAACUGCCUCCAAGAGUGUUAAUAUUGUUCGGGGCGAUUUGGGCGGCGUUGCUGUGACGGUACACACUUUGCUUUUUUGUGGCCCUUUUGAACACAACAUGGAAUCCGCUCAUACAAUGAGACAAGCCAUGAUAACGUCAUUAAAACACGCCGCUGAUUUUCAAGGGCUUCCUCUGACUGCACAUAAUCCCAUAUUUUGGUCGGGCUCACCGUAGGAAAGAAUCAACUUAUCCUUUAUGGCAGCUAGUAGCUAUUUGUAGGUCAUCCAGGGCUUCCAGACACUCUGUGUUCAAAUCCCAGCAGCUGCCGAAUGUUUGGCUUUCUUGUUAUUUUUCCUCAAAGACCUGUUAGGGCGUGGCAGUCGCAGCGUGUCGCCCUCACUUGACGUAGUCGCCGGUUAGGGCGAGUUUGUUCAGUUUGGAUAUCAAGGGGGACGACGACACACACAAGUAACUCUUGAUGAGUAAAAUAGCUGUUGAAAAUGGGCAGUUGCUGCUGUGCUUUGGUGCUUCACUCAGUUUAACGUUCAACUUAUUUGCUGUCUCGACUGUUGGCUGACGGGGACGGCAGGGAUCUUAAUAAAAGCAGCUGUCCUGGUUGAGCGCAGCAGUGCACUGAUUAUGUGUCCACCACACGUGUAGGAGAAAUGUAUCCAGGAGCUGAACAGAACAGAACAGAACAGGUAGUCUUCUCCGAGGACUUUCCCAUGGUGCUUUGGUGCGACUUCCUACUGAAAAGUGUUGUCAAACAUGCGGGAGAGCUAUUUUAAUUCUCAGACACAACCUCCCGCCUGCGCGCCGUAGAUCGGACUACUCUGUCCUGGUUUAUUUGUGGGUUUUUUUGGUCAAAACUGAGCGCCCAUUCACCUCGUCAGGCAGAGAUGUCGAGCGUCGUGUCACCUCACACACACACUCGGAACACAUGCAGGGCUGCGAGUGUGUCUCACUGAACAGAUUAGUCGCGACUGCUGUGUUUAAAGCCCGGAGAUAAAGCCCAUCUUCAAACUGUCCAAGUCGACGUGUUCAAGAAGUAAAAUGUGUUGUAUUUUUCUGCCAGAUUUAAAAUCCUGGUGCUGCACUGGGAUUUCUGGCCAAUGAGAGAAUGUUAGGGUUUAAUGUACAGUAGUUUCAUUGUUUGUUUGUUUUUUUUCAAAAAAAACAAGGUACAUUUUUUCAGAUUGACUGCUGAUUUAUACUUAAAAAAACAUUUUUUACCCCCCAAACACCCCCCCCCCCCCCAUUUUCCCCAUUUCCUUCCUUAAGGUUUGAAAACAGGGUUUCCUGAGGCAUGCUUGCCAGUGGCCUCUGACCUUUUUUGUGAUUAAAGGGGGGGAUGCAAAGAGAGCUCAGCCAGGCAGGGGUGAAAGACUCCCUGAAAAACCCUCCGCUCUCCUAUUUUUUUUUUUUUUUUUUUUGCUUUAAUUCUCUUUGUAUGCAGAACCAAAAUGUAAAACGUUGACAAACAGUAAGUUUCAGUCCUGACCUGUGUGUAAAUACCUGGAAUACAAUCAUUGGGAUCUUGUUUUGUUCCAAAAGCAAAAUGACUUAAUUGAAGAUAAGUGUAGUUUCUAAAGAACAUGUAUCAUUAUUUGUAAGUUAACCAUCUGCAUGUCUUCGAGCCAUCUGGCUAACGUUAGCUAAUGAUUUUUAAGAUUUAAGAAGAAAAAAAAAAAAACUUUUUACACAUUUUAUUUUUUACAAUUUAUUUGCUUACCUAAAUAUCCCAGACAAUAAUGUGACCCUUUUUAUUACUUAAAAUGUAUUUUUUAUUUUCCAUUUUUUUAUUUUCCUUAUUUCCUGUGUACUACAUAUAGGCAAUUUAUAACAAAAUGAAAAAACUAUUGAAGAAAUUUUAAAAUUGAAAUAUAUUUUAUUUGAAAGUUUAUGGACCUUUUAACCGUGACCCGGUGAAAUUGUAUAAUCAUAUAAUUUGAGCUGACUUGACGGUUAUGAGAAAUGUAUCAAGAGUUUUAUUUUUUAUGCUUCUUUAAUAAAGUCUUGUUUUUUGUUUCAUUUUUUUACUGUAAGAUCAGAAA